AUGGCUUCGCCACGGGCCAUCGCUCGGAGGGUGCCGCUGUCGCUGGCAAGAUGGCUUCCUGUGUUCUUCCUCUUCUACGCUGGAGGCACUAACUUCUCUUUGGGGCGCGCACAAGGUGAUGGCUUCACCAUCCAAAGACACAUCGAUUGCAAGCAGCUGUUGACGCAGGGCGUAGCCACGGCUCGCGGUCCUGCCCUGCCCCGCUACGCGUCGCCCACGGAGGAGGAGCGCAAGGCGGCUCGGGAUAUGCUCCGAGAGACCCCUGUGGGCGAGAUGGGUACGUCCAUUGGUGAGGAUGGCGCGAGCACGCUCUACACAAUCGUGGGCGGCCUGUUCUUCAUUAUGCUGCUGCUGACAGCCGCAGUCGUGUCAGGGGCUGUCGGCUGA